AUGGAGUGGUAUAAGGCAAGGUUUGUUCUGGGAGGCGCAUUUGGUGUCUUCACAGCUGGCAUUGACACCAACGUUGGGUUUGAUCCCAAGGAUCCGUAUCGCACACCAACUGCAAAAGAGGUCCUCAAAGAUAUGGGGCAGCGAGGCAUAUCCUACGCAAAGAACUUCGCCAUUGUGGGUGCCAUGUUCUCCUGCACCGAAUGUGUGGUAGAAUCUUAUCGGGGAAAGUCAGACUGGAAGAAUAGUGUUAUUAGCGGCUGCAUCACAGGAGGAGCAAUCGGCUUCAGAGCUGGUUUGAAGGCAGGGGUUAUUGGCUGUGGUGGAUUUGCCGCUUUCUCCGCUGCAAUUGAUUACUAUCUACGGUAACAGUGGGAUCCCUUGGGAGCAAGUUUCCCGUUUGUUCCAGUGCUGCUGCUAAGAGCCUGCAUCACGGCAGAAGAACCAUCAGGCUUACCUUUCCACUGCCUUUGGAGUCCUGAUCAGUGCAAGCUGGAUGAUGCUGGCUGCUUUUCCUGAAUGACUAACAAUAAUCUGGCUCCGAGCCCUGGCGUGCUGCUUCAGGCAGACUUGCGGGAGCAUGCGAGGAUGGAGCCAGGCACAGCAAGCAGUAUCUCCAGGACGGAUCAGCUGACUGUCAGUUUCCAGGAAACAAGCCUGGACUCUGAGCUUUUUCGAUCCUUUGGAUCUGAUUUUGAUUAAGUCUGUUGCUAGCAUCAAAAGAGGCAGGAGGACAAUCUUCAAAAAGAAAUGCAGUGAUUUAGGUUACCGUGUAUUUGAAUGUGCUGCAAGUGUUUAACAGUUAUCAGUUUGCAGCUUGCUACUCUGUUGGGGAGAGGUAAGAUCCUGUGGAGAAAUAGUUUGUUCCAGGCUUUUCUUAAAAUACCAGCUGAAGACAAACCACCAUCUGUACAACUUGUCUUAUUUCAAGCACAGAGAUGAGAGCCAAAUUUCUUUACCAUGUCUUAAAGGGAAAAGCAAAAAGGAAUCCUUAGCC